AUUAUGUAAAGCAGGGGUCUGGGACCUCUUACCAGAAGGUGUUCUUCAUCAGUUCUCCAUUAGUUAUUCUAACUGUGAUGAUUACUAUUCCAUGAGACCCUUCUCUUCUUGUUGCCAUGGGCAACUAUAGCUCUGCCCUGACUGCAGAUGUUGAAGAUUUCAAGUCCAUUGUGUCAACUUUUGAGAGCCAGUGUACUCUGAUUGAAAACUACAGGCUGGAGAAGAUACUAUCAGUUAAUCAUGCUACUGCUGAGGAACCGGAAGGACAGGAAAUGAAUGAAGUGCAGCAGGAACCAGACCUCAAGUUUCUGUAUAGUAACACCAAAGACAUCACAGAACCUGUCAACAACUGUUCUUCUGCUCCAAAGCCAGUGGUUUCCUCUUCUUCUUCUUCAUGUUCUGGCACAAACCUGCCCCAAUCUCUCAACUCUCUUCUCUCUGCUGCCCUCUCAGCAUCAUUACCAGCUAAACCCAGAGGGAACCUGCAGGGCCCCGUCACUAUGGAGCAAAUGAAAGCGGAUCUCCGAGAGUUACGGGAUGAACUAGACCAGCUUAAGACUCAGCAUAAAAAAGAGAUCACACUGCUCAUGAACGAACUGGAUGAGGAAAAAAAGAUGCGUUUGUCACUGCAAAUUGACGUAGAACGCCUUAAGAAACACAUGUCCAAGUGAGCCCGUGCUGAGGUAAUCGUCACCAAAUCAAAGCGGUGAAACCACCAAUAUGCCACUGUGGCUCUGAAUGGACAAACUCGAGUGUAGAAAUGAAAAACUCGGCACUUGAGAGAUUCUGUGAAAUACAUAUUUAUAUAAUGUCAAAUGUCUGGAUGAAAGGUUAUUUCAUGUUUUUAAAAUUCUUACAGUUGACUGUAUGACUAGUAAGAGACAAUAAAUG